GACCACACACAAACACGCACCUAGCUAGAGAGAGACAGAGAGAGAGAAGAAAUGGCUGCUUCAGUGAUGCUUUCAUCGGUGACGUUGAAACCGGCGGGUUUCUCGGUGGAGAAGAUGUCGGCCGGAGGAUUACCGUCGCUCGCAAGAGCUCCUUCCUCCUUCAAAAUCGUCGCGAGCGGUGUCAAGAAGAUCAAGACCGACAAGCCCUUUGGAGUUAACGGCAGCAUGGACUUGAGGGACGGCGUCGACGCCUCCGGCAGAAAGGGCAAGGGUUAUGGUGUUUACAAGUUUGUUGACAAGUAUGGAGCUAACGUUGAUGGAUACAGUCCUAUCUACAACGAGGAGGAGUGGUCAGCGAGUGGUGAUGUGUACAAGGGAGGAGUCACCGGAUUGGCUAUUUGGGCAGUGACGCUUGCCGGAAUUCUCGCCGGAGGAGCUCUUCUUGUGUACAACACAAGCGCUUUGGCUCAGUAAAUCUUUUAAAAGACAUGUUUCUCUCUAUGUUUUGUGUUCUCUGUUUCUCUCUUCUCUGUAAUGCUCAGAACAUACUUUUGAAAUUUAUAAAAGAACUCUAGUGUUUGUGUC